AUGCGCUUUUCGCAGGUAUCGCUCAUUCUUGCCGCAGGGUCUACUCUCAUACCACACGUCAAUGCAUGGGGAGCAGUAGGUCAUGAAGUCGUCGCCACAGUUGCUCAAAUGCAUCUGCAUCCUUCAGUCAUGCCUAUCCUGUGUGACAUCUUGAAUUAUAAAGGCGACUGCCAUCUCGCUCCGGUCGCUGCCUGGGCAGACAAGGUUCGCGGUCUGCCACAGUACAGGUGGACAGCUCCCCUACACUACAUCGGCGCAACGGAUGACUAUCCUAGCGAGACUUGCGCUUUCCCGGGAGAGAAAGGUUGGGAGGGUAGAAGGAAUAUCAACGUGCUUAGCGCCAUAAGGAAUACCACAAGUGUUCUGGAGGAUUACUUGGACCUGCGUAAAGCAGGCCUGACCACUGAGAGCAAUGAUGAUGCAGCCCAGGUCGCACUCAAGUUUCUCAUUCACUUCGUUGGGGAUAUGCAUAUGCCAUUGCACCUCACAGGGCGUGACAAAGGAGGGAACGGAAUCAAAGUCUCAUUCGACAGUCGUGUAACAAACCUUCACUCUCUAUGGGAUGGCCUCCUCAUAGCCAAAAGAAUCCGCACAAUACCCUCCAAUUAUACACGCCCUCUCCCGCUUCCCGAAAUUGAGACUCACCUUCGGGGCACCAUUUACGACCCUUACAUCCGUCGUGUCGUCUGGGAAGGCAUCAUGGGCAAGUACGAGGACGAGCUCGACUCGUGGCUAACGUGUCCCACCGAACCCCCCGUCCAAUCCCUCCAAACUCACUGGGAGCAAUGGCUAUCUUGGACUUUUGGGCGUCGCAUAGGGUCUUGGCUUGUGGGGUCGCAUCUCACAGGCGGAGGCUUGAACACCGAUGAUGAAACGUUGUGUCCAUACCAUUGGGCAACUCCCAUUCACGCUCUGAACUGCCAGAUUGUGUUCCCGAAGGCCUUAGAUAAACCACCAUACAACCGUGUUUCCUUCUCUGGGACCGACGAUCACGCCUGCAACUCAUCCAAUACGGGUCUUGAAGUCCACUGGACAACUAAGCCGAGGAAGAACCCAUACCUCGAGCUCGACACGCCCGAGUAUUCGGGGGUAAUCGAAGAUGCGUGGAUUGUUGAGAAGUUGAUGUCUCAGGGUGGUAUUAGGCUUGCCGCUGUUCUCAAUUGGCUCUUCGCAGAUAUGGAGGACGCCGCUGUUUCAAACAGAACUUGGACCUUGUAA